AAGAACUCUCACGCAUAGCCUUUCAUUCAUUUAUAGGCACGAGUGCGUACAUAUUUGUAAACAACGGUCAAUGUAAACUCGCACGUGACUAUCCCACGCAUAUAUAGACAGAUACGUGGUCACUCAUUUCAAGAAGACGUUAAAGGAGAGGACGUAUGGAGAGAGUGGCCAGCCCCUUUCUUACGCCUGCGAAGACCGGAAGAAUCUUGGCUUACGCCACUCAUUCCUCUCCGGUUUUGAGACUCCGGCCUGAGAUUUCCUAAGAGUCCGGGGAAUCCUCCGCAGCCCUCCGCCAGGCCCGGACGGGUUGCCAGCCCGGUUUCCAAGGAUCACAUGAGCAGCUCUUAUCUUCCUAAUUGGUUCCUUCGUGGGCCGACGCCUCCGGCGGAUCGCAGCCUUGUCGCCGCUGAGGAGUUACGGCCGCCGAGUAAAGCGGGGUCGACGCGCAAUGGCCGAUACCUCCGGGAGUCCGCCGCGCAUUCUCUGCCUCUUUGACGUGGAUGGGACCCUCACCCCGCCCCGGCAGAAAAUUGAGCCUGAAAUAGCAAAAUUUCUUCAAGAGCUGCGUAAAAGAGUGAUGAUUGGGGUGGUUGGAGGCUCAGACUACUCCAAAAUAGCAGAACAGCUUGGAGAAGGGGAUGAAGUCAUAAACAAGUUUGAUUACGUCUUUGCAGAAAAUGGCACUGUGCAAUACAAGAAUGGGCAACUAGUCUCAAAGCAGUCCUCUUCAUCCAGAUAUGACAAUCUAGAAAUGUCGUUGAUUUUAGUACUACUGCAGAAGGCUAUCCAGAACCAUCUUGGAGAGGAACUUUUGCAAGAGCUGAUCAACUUUUGCCUUAAUUACAUGGCACUUCUAAAGUUGCCCAAGAAACGGGGAACAUUCAUAGAAUUUCGCAAUGGAAUGUUGAACAUCUCUCCCAUUGGCCGAAGCUGCAGUUUGGAAGAACGAAUAGAAUUUUCUGAACUGGACAAGAAAGAAAAGAUACGAGAGAAAUUUGUAGCAGCUCUGCAGAGGGAGUUUGCAGGCAAGGGACUGCGAUUUUCCCGAGGUGGUAUGAUUAGUUUUGAUGUUUUUCCGGAGGGCUGGGACAAACGCUAUUGCCUCAACAUCCUUGAGGAUGAGAAAUUUGAUGUCAUACAUUUCUUUGGAAAUGAGACAACCCCUGGUGGGAAUGAUUAUGAAAUCUAUGAUGAUCCUCGGACAGUAGGACACAGUAUCCAUUCUCCCCAGGACACAGUUCGGCGAUGUCGACAGAUAUUUUUUCCAGAGACAGUGAACAAAUCUUGACCCACAGAUCUUCUGCUGCUAUUCUUCUUGUUCACUUCAUAAAAGCACCUUUUGAAUUAUAAUCAAGGCUUGCUGAAGCCCAAGGUUGAAAUGCACUUUGGAAAUGGAGGUGAAGUAUGAAAAGAGAAAGAGAGUUGAAGUGCCAUCACCAGUUUGUAGUAGUAAGAAUCUACAGAACGAUGACUGCCAUAUUUCAUCCUCCCAGCCCCUAAAACAAAAAGUUUCAUUUUAAAGGGAGCUGUGUCCUUUUUCUAAAACUUUGAGAGAGAAGGAGAGAAAUAGAAAGCUGGUAAUCUCUUUAUAUUCACCCAAAUCAAUUUCUGUGAUUAAAAUAGUAUUAAUAGGUUAAAGGGAAAACAAUCUGAUCUUUCAAAGUAUUUUCAUAUUCUUGAAACCCUUAAGAUGGCCUGCCAUUUUUAAAAAAUUAGAAGCAGGUCUUUUUUCAAGCUAAUAAUGAAUAGGGAAAACACCCCUAAUCUAUUAUUAGCCAUGCAGAAUGCGGAGAGAGGUAGAAAGUAAACUUUGAAACAUAGAUCCUAUUGAAAAUGAUUAGUCAUAAACAUUACCAUUCUACUCAGCUUUCAGUAUCCAUUAAAAUAUUAUGUGGCUUCUGAUCUAAUAUGUGAAACCAUCUGUUUAAAAUAUGACUUUGGUGCUCAGGUUUAUUUUAUCAUAGAUAAUAUAUUUUUAGUCCAAUAAAAGUACAGUUUGUGUGUUGAGGUCCACACAUCUUAGUAGCCUUGAAUAUUGCAACUGCGCCUUCCCACAACUAGGUCUGGGGAGCAGCCUUUGCUUUAGCUUCAGUUAUUAGAAUAUUGUCUACUUACACUUUCUUCCCAUUGCACACUCUAACUCUUCAAGCAGGAUUGUACUUUAUCACCUUAAUUAUCCAACCUAACUAUAGAAGUGCUGGCAAUAGCAUUUAGAUCUAAUAAUUAGAUUAAUGGAAUAAAAAUGGGAGGUAAAUACAUCUUUUAAAUCUAUUUACAUAUUAUUUUGACUCUCUCAAAUGCUUUUUAUUCAGCUAGGUAUAUUAAGGAGUGAAAGAAAUUUGCAGAAAUGUCAGGACUAUCAGUUAAUUUUCAUAAAUUAUACAUAUAUACAUACAUAUAUAUAUGCAUUAUAAUUAAAAAUAUUAAUAAAAUCUUUACAUAUAAUUAUUUACCAACUUGAAAUAAAUUAAAUAAAGACCUAAAGACAUGGCUCUUUCAGCAACUUCCCUGAUCUGCCAUGGAUUUUAACUUGGGGAUUUGGGGAUAUUAAUUGGUUUUUAAUAUUAUUUAAUUUGUAUCUAUUGUCGGGUUGUUUUAUUGUUGUGAGCCGCCCCGAGUCCUACGGGAGAAGGGCGGCAUAUAAAUCUGACAAAUAAAAUAAAUAAAUAAAUGAAAAACUAGGCUUCAAAACAUUUCAAUAUUAUAGGAUGAAUUACAGCGGUUAAAAUGAAAAUGCUUGCACAGUUGAAUUUUUUAUUUCAGUGCCUCCUAGUGGUAACUUCUAAAUAGGCUUUAAGACAUUGGCAAAAAAAAAAAGCUUCUAUUUUAAUCUACAAAAACUAAGAGUAAAUAAAAUUAUUUACAUACCGAUAGAUCUCAAAAACAGGGAGGUUGGGUCAUGCCCAAUUUGUUAAUACAUUAUCGAGGAUUGCAGCUAGGGCAUAUGAUUCCAUGUAUUCUGGGAGACUCAUCUAAAAAAUUCAUUUUUAAGCUAUGUUAGAACCAGAUAAAUUUAUAAAUCAAUGGCUUUUAAUCCAAAAUGUUUUUCUAGAAUAAAACAGAUUGAAAAUAUUUUUACUAAAACAAUGCUUCAAAUUUGAAAGAAUAGAUAUGCAGUUUUGAUAAAGCUUAUUCCUCCUUUUUCUGUCAACAUAAAUUGAUCAGGAUGAUUAUUAUGGUUUGGCUAAAAUGAAAUCUUUGAGAAAAAAAUAUUUAUAUAUUUUUAUAGUAAUAAAGAACCUUUCAAUAUAAAUCAGAUUGAGCAACAAAUAGGUGACAAAUUACCAUCUGAUAUCAACUUAAAUUUCUUUUGGGUAAUAGAAAUAUUAGAGAUUCAGCAACAUGAUCUGAUAUCCAUUUUGAGAAUUUAAUACUUUAUCAUUUAAAACAACCAAAAACAAUUUUAAAAAUUUAUCGGUUGUGAUUGCAAUCAGAAAUAGAAGAUCCGUUAUGUAUUUUAAAGGAAGCUUGGAAUACUGAUUUUAGUAAUCCUGUACAGGAGACAAUUGGCAGAAGUUCUGGAAAGAGCUUUGGCUUCAAUUUAAGAAUGCAAUGGAAGAUAAUUGGAUUGUUGUACAAUGCCCAGAGUCAUUUUCCAUGAGAUAGGUGACAUGUGAAUUUGAUUGAUUGGCUGAUAAAUAAAUGAAACAAAACAUACCAUUGUUGGUACUUUACUCCUGUUAGGCUGGCUCAUACUGAAUAUAUCAAAAUUAUUCCAAAUUUUGGAGAAGGUGUUAAGUCAUUUUUUUCAUUUGUUGUGAUCAUGCAAUAAAGAUAUGAAAUGGAUGCCUUCAGCUAUACUACUUUCAUAUAACCAUGGCACUAAUUCAGAGUUGAAAGCAGGUAUUUCAUUACUUGCUUCCUUCUUCAUAAAUAGUGCUAUGAUACAAUUAGAGGCAUCUAAAGAUAGAAAAGGAUGAUGAGAAGCUGGUAUUAUUAAUGAAAUGAAAUUAACCCAUUCUUUUCUGAGAUGCUGAGGCUUUUGCUUUAAGAUAAAUAUUGCCAGCUCUUCUUAGGUUAGUUUCCAUUCCUUUUCCAGGAAGGUUAUGAAGUACUUAAUACAGGGACCUACUUAUUACUGUGAAAGCCACAAGGUGGUCUAUUUCUCAGAUGGAUCAAAAAACAGAACCCAACUUUAUUAAGCAGGAAUGUUUAUUUUGAUGCCAUGUAUGUUAAAGAAACCCAACUAUUUUGCUGUAGCUACAGAUUUGUGGGGCUUUGUUGACAGGCAGCUUUUAUAUCAUUAUAAAAGUAUGACAUUAAUAAAAUUGAAUUAAAAUAUG